AUGUGCAAGAAAGCAGUCUGCGGUACCUGUCAGAAGACAUCGUGGUGGGGUUGCGGCCAGCAUAUACCAAUGGUGAUGGAUCCAGUUCCAGCCGCCGACCGCUGCACCUGCGAGCCCAAGGUUGAGAGAGAGGGCAAGAGCUAUCCACCCAUGGGCAAGCAACCCGCUUAG